CUCUCCUGAUACAUUGCGUGAUGUCACUUUUUGGUGAAGAUCUACAUGCCAGCUUAUAUUUUGUCAAUGCAUCUUUGCAAGAGGUAGUGUUUGCUAGCACCACGGGGACAUUGGUACCCUGUCCAGCAGCAGGAAUCCCUCCUGUGACGCUCAGAUGGUACCUAGCAACGGGCGAGGAGAUCUACGAUGUCCCAGGGAUCCGCCACGUCCACCCUAAUGGCACUCUCCAAAUUUUCCCUUUCCCUCCUUCAAGCUUUAAUAACUUAAUCCAUGAUAACAUUUACUAUUGCACAGCUGAAAAUCCUUCAGGGAAAAUCAGAAGUCAGGAUGUUCACAUUAAGGCCGUUUUACGAGAACCAUAUACAGUCCGUGUGGAGGACCAGAAAGCCAUGAGAGGCAAUGUAGCGGUCUUCAAGUGCAUUAUCCCCUCCUCUGUGGAGGCCUACAUCACUGUUGUCUCAUGGGAGAAAGACACAGUCUCACUUGUCUCAGGAUCUAGAUUUCUCAUCACAUCCACGGGAGCCUUGUAUAUUAUAGAUGUACAGAAUGAAGAUGGAUUGUAUAAUUACCGAUGUAUCACUCGGCACAGAUACACUGGGGAAACACGUCAGAGCAACAGUGCUAGACUUUUUGUAUCAGACCCAGCAAACUCGGCUCCAUCUAUUCUGGAUGGGUUUGAACAUCGUAAAGCCAUGGCAGGACAGCAAGUGGAGCUGCCUUGCAAAGCAUCUGGACACCCAGCACCAAAAUAUCGCUGGCUGAAGGACAAUGUUCCCUGGGAACCUGAUAGCCGAUUCCGGCCAAUGGUGACAGGCCUUCUGAUAGAAAAUACGCGUCCAUCAGACUCAGGCAACUAUGUGUGUGAAGUCUGGAACAGUUAUGGUACAGCUGAAGUGAUAGGCCGUUUGCAUGUAAAACAGCCUCUAAAAGCCACCAUCAGUCCUCGGAAAGUUAAGAGCAGUGUUGGCAGUCGAGUGUCCUUGUCCUGUAGUGUGUCUGGAACAGACGAUCAUGAACUCUUCUGGUAUCGAAAUGGAGAAAUCAUCAAUACUGGCAAUAAUGUGAGAAUCAUUGGGGUCAAUCAUGAGACUCUUAUUAUGGACGGCAUGUCCAAAAGUGAUGGCGGAGCAUACCAGUGUUUUGUACGCAAAGACAAGAUGUCUGCACAAGACUAUGUUCAAGUGGUGCUAGAAGAUGGAACUCCUAAAAUAAUUUCAGCCUUCAGUGAGAAAGUGGUAAGCCCCGGAGAAGGUGUAUCUUUGAUGUGCAAUGUAAAGGGAACUCCCCUUCCUACAAUCACGUGGACUUUGGAUGAAAAUCCCAUAAUUAAAGAUGGGAGCCACCGUAUUAGUCAGAUCAUCACCUCUGAGGGGAAUGUGGUCAGCUACCUAAACAUCUCCAGUACUCAGGUCCGAGAUGGCGGAGUAUAUCGUUGUACUGCCAACAACUCAGCUGGAGUCGUCCUCUACCAGGCUCGAAUAAACGUAAGAGGACCAGCCAGCAUUCGGCCAAUGAAAAAUAUUACAGCAAUAGCAGGGCGGGAUACCUUCAUUCACUGUCGUGUCAUUGGUUACCCUUAUUACUCAAUCAAGUGGUACAAGAAUUCUAAUCUGCUCCCUUUUAAUCAUCGUCAAGUAGCAUUUGAAAACAAUGGAACACUGAAGCUCUCAGAUGUGCAGAAGGAGGUGGAUGAGGGGGAAUACACAUGCAAUGUUUUGGUUCAGCCCCAACUGUCCACUAGCCAGAGUGUACACGUGACAGUAAAAGUGCCACCUUUUAUCCAGCCCUUUGAAUUUCCAAGGUUCUCUAUUGGCCAGAGAGUCUUCAUUCCAUGCGUUGUGGUCUCAGGGGACUUGCCUAUUACAAUCACCUGGCAGAAGGACGGUAGGCCAAUUCCAGCCAGUCUUGGGGUGACUAUUGACAACAUUGACUUCACCAGCUCCUUACGGAUUUCUAAUCUUUCCCUUAUGCACAAUGGAAACUAUACCUGUAUAGCAAGAAAUGAUGCAGCAGCUGUGGAGCACCAAAGCCAAUUAAUUGUUAGAGUUCCCCCCAGAUUUGUGGUUCAGCCAAUUGAUCAAGAUGGGAUUUAUGGAAAAGCUGUGAUCCUCAACUGCUCUGCAGAAGGCUAUCCUGUUCCUACCAUUGUCUGGAAGUACUCCAAAGGUGCUGGAGUUCCCCAGUUCCAACCAAUUGCCUUGAAUGGGCGUAUCCAGCUUCUGACAAAUGGCUCCUUGUUGAUCAAGCAUGUUCUGGAAGAAGAUAGUGGAUACUACCUCUGCAAGGUCAGCAAUGAUGUGGGGGCUGACGUCAGCAAGUCCAUGUACCUCACUGUUAAAAUUCCUGCUAUGAUAACCUCCUAUCCAAAUACCACCUUGGCAACACAGGGUCAAAAGAAAGAGAUGAGUUGCACAGCUCAUGGGGAAAAACCCAUCAUAGUCCGCUGGGAGAAAGAAGAUAGAAUAAUUAAUCCUGAAAUGUCCCGCUAUUUUGUUUCUACAAAAGAAGUGGGUGAUGAAGUCAUCUCUACUUUACAGAUUUUGCCAACAGUGCGAGAAGAUUCUGGUUUCUUCUCCUGCCAUGCCAUCAAUUCAUAUGGAGAGGAUCGUGGAAUAAUUCAGCUCACUGUGCAAGAACCCCCAGAUCCUCCAGAAAUAGAAAUUCGAGAAGUGAGAGCACGUAGCAUUGCCCUAAGAUGGACCAUGGGAUUCGAUGGAAAUAGUCCAAUCACAGGCUAUGAUAUAGAAUGCAAAAACAAGUCUGACUCCUGGGAUUCUGUCCAAAGAACCAAAGAUGUUUCCCCACAGCUGAAUCAAGCCACGAUCAUUGACCUACAUGCUUCUUCCACCUACAACAUCCGCAUGUAUGCAAAAAAUCGGAUUGGCAAAAGUGAAGCCAGCAAUGAACUUACUAUCACCACAGAUGAAGCAGCUCCUGAUGGACCACCUCAGGAUGUUCAACUUGAGCCCAUAUCUUCACAAAGCAUUAGGGUAACCUGGAAGGCGCCAAAGAAGCAUUUGCAAAAUGGAGUUAUUCGUGGUUAUCAGAUUGGUUAUCGGGAAUACAGCGCAGGAGGCAAUUUCCAGUUCAACAUCAUCAGUAUUGAUACUACUGGAGACAGUGAAAUUUAUACCUUAGAUAACCUUAAAAAAUUCACACAAUAUGGCAUGGUUGUGCAGGCAUGUAAUCGAGCUGGAAUAGGACCAUCUUCUCAAGAAAUUAUCACUACUACUCUUGAGGAUGUUCCUAGUUCCCCUCCGGAGAAUGUCCAAGCCAUUGCUACAUCACCAGAAACCAUCUCUAUCACCUGGUCCACGCUGGCCAAAGAUUCCCUCAAUGGAAUUCUACAGGGAUUUAGGGUCAUAUACUGGGCUAAUCUUUUGGAUGGAGAGCUGGGAGAAAUUAAAAAUGUCACUACGGUACAGCCAUCGUUAGAACUUGAUGGUUUGGAAAAAUACACCAACUAUAGCAUCCAGGUGCUGGCAUUCACACGAGCUGGAGAUGGGGUCAGGAGUGAACAGAUUUUCACACGGACAAAGGAGGAUGUUCCAGGUCCUCCUGCUGGAGUUAAAGCAGCUGCAGCAUCAGCUUCUACUGUGUUUGUAUCUUGGCUGCCUCCCAUCAAAUUAAAUGGUGUCAUCCGAAAAUAUACUGUAUUCUGCUCUCAUCCAUAUCCCACAGUAAUCAGCGAAUUUGAAGCUUCUCCUGACUCAUUUUCCUACAGAAUCCCUAAUUUGAGCCGGAAUCGACAAUACAGUGUCUGGGUUGUGGCUGUAACAGCUGCAGGAAGGGGCAACAGCAGUGAAAUUAUCACCGUGGAACCAUUAGCUAAAGCUCCAGCCAGAAUUUUGACAUUCAGUGGCACAGUAACAACCCCAUGGAUGAAGGAUAUUAUUCUCCCUUGUAAAGCUGUUGGAGAUCCUGUACCUACUGUUAAAUGGAUGAAAGAAAGUAACGGGACACCCAGUCUAGUGAUGAUUGAUGGGCGAAGAAGCAUCUUUAGCAAUGGCAGCUUUGUUAUCCAUACGGUGAAAGCAGAAGAUUCAGGAUAUUACAGUUGUGUGGCUACUAAUAACUGGGGAUCAGAUGAAAUUAUUUUGAAUUUGCAAGUUCAAGUUCCACCUGACCAGCCUAGACUUACUGUAUCCAAAACCACCUCUUCCUCCAUCACUCUUUCCUGGAUACCUGGAGACAAUGGAGGCAGCUCUAUUCGAGGUUAUAUAUUGCAAUAUUCUGAGGACAAUAGUGAACAAUGGGGCAGUUUUCCCAUUAGCCCUAGUGAACGUUCCUAUCGAUUGGAAACGCUGAAGUGUGGCACGUGGUACAAGUUUACUCUGACAGCACAGAAUGGAGUGGGACCAGGCCGUAUCAGUGAGAUCAUAGAGGCCAAAACACUUGGGAAAGAGCCACAGUUUUCAAAAGAACAAGAACUCUUUGCCAGUAUUAACACCACUCGAGUAAGAUUGAACCUUAUUGGCUGGAAUGAUGGUGGUUGUCCAAUCACCUCCUUUAUUCUGGAAUACAGGCCAUUUGGGACAACAGUGUGGACUACCGCACAGCGAACAUCACUUACCAAAUCAUACAUAGUGUAUGAUCUUCAGGAGGCAACCUGGUACGAGCUGCAGAUGAGAGUCUGUAACAGUGCUGGCUGUGCUGAAAAACAGGCGAAAUUUGCGACACUCAACUAUGAUGGGAGUACAAUCCCUCCACUCAUUAAAUCAGUUGUCCAAAGUGAGGAAGGUCUGGCAACCAAUGAAGGGCUAAAGAUGCUGGUGACUAUUUCCUGUAUCUUGCUUGGGGUCUUGCUGCUUUUUGUGCUUCUGCUGGUUGUAAGAAGGAGACGGAGGGAACAGAGACUGAAAAGACUCAGAGAUGCAAAAAGUUUGGCUGAAAUGCUUAUGAGAACAUGUAUUUUCUUUCCCACAGAUGACAGAUCUACAGUCUUGCUAACUGAUGCUGAUUUUGGAGAGACAUCAAAACAGAAAUCAUUGACAGUUACUCAUACAGUACAUUAUCAGUCAGUCUCACAAGCCACUGGGCCACUGGUGGAUGUUUCUGAUGCCAGACCAGGAACAAAUCCUACAACCAGAAGGAAUGCAAAAGCUGGGCCUACAGCCCGGAACAGAUAUGCUAGCCAAUGGACUCUCAAUAGACCCCAUCCUACAAUAUCAGCCCACACUUUAACAACAGAUUGGAGGCUGCCAACUCCCAGGGCCACAGGGUCUGUUGAUAAAGAAAGCGAUAGCUACAGUGUUAGUCCAUCGCAAGAUACAGAUCGAGCAAGAAGCAGCAUGGUCUCCACAGAAAGUGCCUCCUCCACAUAUGAAGAGCUAGCCAGAGCAUAUGAACAUGCCAAGAUGGAAGAACAGCUGCGACAUGCAAAGUUUACCAUCACAGAAUGCUUCAUAUCAGACACCUCAUCAGAGCAGCUUACGGCAGGGACUAAUGAAUAUACAGACAGCCUGACCUCAAGCACCCCAUCCGAAUCAGGGAUUUGCAGAUUCACUGCAUCUCCUCCCAAACCUCAGGACGGAGGACGCGUGGCAAACAUGGCUGUUCCAAAGGCACAUCGGCCAGGUGACCUCAUGCAUUUGCCACCGUAUCUUCGGAUGGACUUUUUGUUAAACCGAGGCGUUCCAGGCACUAGCAGAGACUUGGGUUUGGGACAGACCUGCCUGGAACCUCAAAAAAGCCGAACCUUGAAGCGCCCGGCCGUCUUGGAGCCAGUCCCUGUGGAGGCUUCCUCCACGAGAGAAGCACAGUCAUGGCAAUCUGGUGGCGUAGCAACAUUACCUCAGCGAGAAGGAGCUGAGCUAGGACAGGCAGCAAAAAUGAGCAGCUCCCAAGAAUCCCUCCUGGACUCUCGGAGCCACUUAAAAGGAAACAAUCCCUACGCAAAAUCUUAUACCCUUGUAUAACAAAAAGAGAGCAUGGCUGGA